AGGGCCGUUGAGGCGUCCCAGGCACUCCGUCUAACGCGUGCGGGCUGCCUCGCCACCCCUCACCUUUGCUAAGAGACCAAACCUUUACCACGUUUCUUGGCAAUUUCUGCCGAGACCGGAUCCUGCUGAGAGGGUCUCAGGACAUCUGUCUGAUCAGGAUGUGCCCAGCUCAAAACUUCAGAGCUCACACAACCCUAGGUGCAAUUGCUAGCAUCCAGGAAGUGGCCAUUUACUUUCAGCAGCUGCAUGUCCAUCUUGAUCCUGGUCUCUCUCAUCCUUGUUUUUAUUUAAAGACGACAGUGCCAUACGAGCGUCACCACUAAAAGUGCACCUGAAAUGCUAGACUUUAAAGGAUGAGAAAGAGGAACUACUUGCUCUCGUGUGUUCUUACACAGACACCACCGUCAUAUCAAACGGGAAGCUUGUAUCACUUGUAAAUGUUUGCUUGCUGAGCGUGCGCAAGGGAAGUCCUGAUGAUUUCCACUCCAUGUUGUGAAAUAACACUCCCCGCUUGCCCUAGGAGGAGGAAUACUGACUGGUGUAUAUUUCAGAUGUUGGAGGACCCUGAUGAAUUAGCCGUGCUGGAGGAAAUCCAACAAGAGCUGAUCUUUCAAGAACAAUUAACCAUAGAAGAAUAUGAACAGAGUUUGCAGUUUGAUGAAAAAUGUCUCAACGCAAUGCUUGAUGGCUUGGAUGCAGGGAGCAAGGUUAUCUGUCCCGUGUGUAAAAGCUGUCUCUGUCCAGGCACUCACUUCUGUCCUGUUUCUAGGAAUGACCUGACUGUGAUGAGUCACUUGGUUUUAUGCCAGUGUGGAUUACACAUCUGCACAAAGGGUAUGACAGAACAGAAGCUCCGAUCACUUCUAGAAGACAGUUUAACAGAGCAUGGCCAUCGUUGUCUUCACAAUCCUGAGUUUUCCAUUACUAGCGGAAUGGAGGAAGAAGCCAGCCUUCUCAUGAGCUGUCUGAUCUGUGACUCCUGGACAGUCAUCCUGUAAUUGAUUCGGCUGGUCUUCGUGGACCAAUGUGCCAACAAGGCAAACCUUUCUGAGGACUUCUUCAGGUGGAUGAUGCCUCAUACAUAUUUUUAAUGCGUAGAAUUGUGACUGAUACUUGACAAAGCACUGUUUCUUGGCUUAUGUUGCACUGCACUUUUGAUAAUAAAAUAAAUAUUUUGAAAUAA